CUGCUGCAGUCCUACAACAAGCGCCUCAAGGACGACGUCAAGUCCAUCAUGGACAACUUCACCGAAAUCAUCAAGACUGCUAAGAUUGAGGAUGAAACUCAAGUCUCUCGAGCAACCCAGGGUGAACAAGAUAACUAUGAGAUGCAUGUCAGAGCUGCAAACAUUGUCCGAGCUGGUGAGUCCCUGAUGAAACUUGUGUCUGACCUGAAGCAGUUCUUGAUCCUCAAUGAUUUCCCCUCUGUGAAUGAAGCUAUCAACCAGCGCAACCAGCAGCUGAGAAGCUUGCAGGAGGAAUGUGACAAGAAGUUGAUUGCACUACGGGAUGAGAUCUCCAUUGACCUGUACGAGCUAGAAGAAGAAUAUUACUCUUCCAGCUACAGUCUAUGUGACAGCAAUGAUCUUCCACUGUGCGAAGCCUACUGGAGACAAGACUUUGCCACGCUGUCCCCCGAAAGCCUCUCCAUGCCUCUGACAGCUGCCACAGCAGAGCAAAGUGUUGCUACCUCGCAGAGCUCAACCCCAUCGCACCCUCACGUGAACGGGCACGGGGCAGGCCCCACAGAGCACUCCUGAAGAGGAUCCUCUGCUGCUGAACAUGUUCCUCCUGGCAGCACUGCGCUGCUGGAAGUCUUCCACCUGCUGUACUGAGCAAGCGUCUCCCACUGUCAGGAGAAGGCACUGGAGCUGUAUUUGCAGGUUUCUGCUCACUGGAUAGCCACAGUGUGUUCUCCACCCCAGGACAUUGCCAUGAGUGUUCCUCUCCCUUAAGAGAUAGUGAUAAGUAAAUACAAAGUUGAUUGUUCUAACAAGUUAGAGUUAGGUUUGCUUUUACAUGGCAGUUACUGUAGAGUUCAUUAGAAAUCAAGUUUGUUUCCAUGUGUAUCUCGGUAAGUACAUGCUGGAGUGUUGGGAGUUGAAUCUGUUUGGGCUAAACUUGAGCUAAGUGUGGGGGCAGUGAGUGUGUUGGGGUUUUUACCCUGCUUGCCGAGGUUACUGAUGUUCUGUCUGCUUUAAAGCUAUCUCAGGAUGGCAUCUUACAACCUCUGUUCUACUUAACUAGAAUAAGAAUCU